UACACAGUAAAAACCAGUUCAUAUGUUGUGAACAGUUCCUGCAGUAUUGGAUGUGAUGUUAAAAAUAGUAUUGCGUAAUCUCCAAAGAACCAGAACUGAUUACCGUUGUCUAAUUUCCCGUACUAUUAAACAAAACCUACAUACUGGAGCUGUUGUGAUGGCCAACGAAAAGAUUGAUAAAGAAGAAAUUAGGAAAAAAUUGACUCCUCUGCAGUAUCAUGUUACACAGGAAAAAGGAACAGAAAGACCCUUCACUGGGUCUUACAACAAAGUCUACGAUGCUGGUACUUAUGUGUGCAUAGUGUGUGAAGUAUCCUUAUUUAGCUCUGAUACCAAAUACGACAGUGGAUGUGGAUGGCCUGCUUUUAAUGAUGUACUAGACCAAGGAAAAGUAAAACUCACGCCCGAUACUAGUGGAGUAGGUGCAAACCUUUUACUCCUCAUUACCCAACCAGGAAGAAUCAGAACCGAGGUGACCUGCGCAGAAUGUGGCGCUCAUUUGGGCCAUGUCUUCGGGGAUGGUCCCCCACCGACCAGGAAGAGAUUCUGCAUUAAUUCCGCAUCAUUGAACUUUAUACCCCACGAGAAGAAAGACGAAAGCUGAAGAUUAUUUAUUUUAAAAAUGCUAACUCUAUUUUAAGCGAGUUUUGAACUUAACUAUUUUGUGACCAGUCUUAAAAUAAAUUAUGUGUAAGAUUAUAAUAAAGUUUUCUUUUGUUAAUAUGUAAAAUAGAGAUGUUUUUACGAUU